AUGGGGCAGGUGCAAAACACCUGCGAGAAGUUGAACGCGCGCUAUGUGGAGUACGGGGUGAACUUCGUGGAGGACAGCGAGCACCUCACUGCCUUCCUCGAAGCGCACUCCCAUCCGUCCAAGCGGGUGGUCCAGGUGGAGGGGAUGGAUGGAGACGGCAACGCCGUCAAACACACCUUCAAGCUGCACGAGCUGGAUGCGAAGAAGAAAGAGGAUCCCUCGGGUGACGUCGAGUCCUGCGUGUCCCUCGCCACCCUGUUUGCGAAGGAGGUGAUCGGCAGGCUACAGUACCGCAUGCGAAGCUUGAAGUCCCUCGUUGGGUCCAAGCUAUUUCUGCCAGACGCCUAUCCGGAUGGCGUGAACAAGCGCGACCGUCUGUGCGCGGAGUGGUUCAGCUCCCUUCGCAAGAUGUUCAACGCCGAGCAGUGCGCUCUGCCAGCCCAUGCAGAGUCGUGUGGCCUGUGGGAAGCCCGGUCAGCCCUGGAAGGCUGGGUAUGGGAAGGCUGGGUAUGGGAGUGCUGCUGCUUCUAUAGGGACCGCCGUUGCCCGUAUAAGCAUCUCGCUGCUGCUGAUGCUGCUGCUGCUGCUGCUGCUGCUGCUGCUGCUGCUGCUGCUGCUGCUGCUGCUGCUGCUGCUGCUGCUGCUGCUGCUGCUGCUGCUGCUGCUGCUGCUGCUGCUGCUGCUGCUGCUGAUGAUGAUGAUGAUGAUGAUGCUGCCGCUGGUGCUGAUGAUGAUACGGCUCCAGCUGCUGCUGUUGAUGUUAGCAGUAGGGCCUGCAACAAGGGGUUCACACUUGGGUAUGCCGGUGGUGGUGACGCCGGUGGUGGUGACGCCGGUGGUGGUUACGCCAGUGGUGGUUACGCCAGUGGUGGUUAUGCCAGUGGUGGUUAUGCCAGUGGUGGAAGACAGGCCGAGGUGGAAGGGGACAGAGAGGCAGCAGCUGGAACACCGGUUGCAACAGCAGCAAGAGGAGAGCUGGUCGUAACGGGUGCAGAGGAUGUGAGAGGAGCACAGGAUGUAGCCCGAGCGCAUGGCGAUGCAGCAAGUGCUCGUGGUGAUGUAGCAGGAGGGAAAGAUGCUGCAGCUGAUGAGCGGCUCAAAGGAGGAGUGAAGGAUACAGCAGGAAGGGGAAGUGCAGCAGGAGCAGGAGCACAGGUCGUAGCAGCAGCAGAACAGGUGCAGGCUGUGGCAGCGCAGGCUGUAGCAGACGCGCAGACUGCAGCAGAAAAUGAUGCAGGAACGGGGGUCCAUGCUGUAGCAGCAGGAGCAGGAGCAACCAGAGCGAGGGCUGGACCGGAAGGGCAGGCUGCAACAGCAGGGCUGGGGGAAAUGGAGCGAAAGGGCCGGGUUGUAGAAGCAUCAAGGGAUGGCGGUGGGUGGUUGUGCGAGCCGUGGUAUACUGUCCUCACCACCACACGCAUCUCAGUCCUUGGCAUCUCCACACUGCCUGUCUCCUCCUCAGCAGCUGCAACCGCCUCUCUGGAAUUCAAUGUUCUGGUACUAGCAGGGCCGGCUCUGAAUGUGGCCUUUGAGUUGGUUGUGGUCCCAACGCCUUGA